AUGGCAUUACUUAUGGCGUACGGUAAUAGAAUCCCAGAAUUUGCAAUUUCUACUGUUCAAGACCUCCUUCCAAAUGCGGACAUUAUGGGUACUGAUUCGACGCUGAGAAUCAUAUGUAUAGCAGUUCUUGUUGCCAUAGUCAUAGUUGUAAUGACCUAUAUUUACCUGGUCUUUUUCGAUUACUACGUGUUCUUGAAAGAACGUGAAGAAGCAUUCUUGAACGACAGUCAAAACUCUGACCAAUACUCACCAAUACCAGCUCAGGAAAAGUAG